AUGCCCAUUCUACCAAGCGGAACGCAAAAGAAGGCUUGUGACAACCAGCACCCCUACAACACCAAAUACAACAGUUGCGCUUGUGACAACCAGCACCCCUACAACACCAAGUACAACAGUUGCGCUUCUGACAACCAGCACCCCUACAACACCAAAUACAACAGUUGCGCUUGUGACAACCAGCACCCCUACAACACCAAGUACAACAGUUGCGCUUGUGACAACCAGCACCCCUACAACACCAAAUACAACAGUUUUGUGAGAAUCACCACCACUACAAAAACGUCGACAACAGCUGGUUUUGUGAGAAACACCACCACUCCAAAAGCUGCGACAACAGCUGGUUUUGUGAGAAACAUCACCACUCCAAAAGCUACGACAACAGCUGGUUUUGUGAGAAUCACCACCACUACAAAAACGACGACAACAACUGUUUCAUCCUCCACCACAAGUUCAAAUCCUGCAUUUACUCUGGCGAUGUCAUUUAAAAUUCUACUCACCUUUGACCAGAAUUUGGCUGAUUCAUCAAGCUCAAUGUUCAAAACAUUUAAAUCAGCAAUAGAACAAACUCUCAGACAAACUUACCUAAAUUUAAAUGGUUUUGUUGCGGUCAAUGUCCUUGGCUUCAGGAGUGGCAGUGUGAUUACAGACUUUGUACUGCAGACAAACAGUGUGAAUUCCACUGCAAUUGUCACACUGAACAGUAAGGUUGCAAUGGCUCUUCAGGCCCAGGGUUACAAUGUUGACGCAAGUUCCUUCAGUGGAGUUAUUCAAGGAACUCAGCCUUUUAUAAAGAACUAUGAUAUUAUAUAUCCUGGUACCACUUUGCAGCUGACUUGUGUGGUUCCAGCAACUAUGCAAAUGGGAACUGGGUCAUGGUCUGUGAAUGGUCUGCCGGUGUCAAACAAUGCAAAGUAUUCAAUCACCAAUUCACCUCCCACACUGACUGUUCAGGACAUGGGCGGUGGUGACAACGGAAUAUACAUGUUCACAAUGACUCAGUCAAUCUUCACAUUCACCCACAACGAAUCCAUUUCAGUGACAGAUGUCAUUCCUCCCAUUAUUCAGCUGAACAUGUUAGCAACUAAUGUUCCAUGUGGAGCGAAUGAAAAUAUCCCACUGACCUGCUGUGUUACAUACUACCUGAUUAACAAUGUUACAGCGACAUGGAUGGACGGUUCUGUCGAAAUACCCUCUGUACAGACCAUUACAAACAUGCUGUGUGUCAGUGUUGCAUACCCAGUACCAAAGCAGUGCGAUACAAAGCAACUCACAUGCCAAGUGAUGGUCAGGAAAGGAUCUACAACUCAAACAUUGACAGAUGAUGUAACGCUAAUGUUUUUCAGUGGAGCGCCUGACUGUAAUGACAUAACAUACGGUGCUGGUAUGAAUGGAAAUAUAGCUACUGUGCUUUGCCCAGCCAAUUUUACGGGCAACAGGACUGCAGUUUGUGCAAAUGGGAAGUGGAACCUUCAGGAGGACAACUGUGUCUUCAGCCCAAUAGUGACACUAUCAUUGUUUUCUCAGAGUCUGAAUUCAGCUAGUGUAUCAUCAUUUGUGAAUGACCUCAAGACAACUACUACCAAUUUUAAAUCAGACAUAACACAGUCAUCGGCCACCAUUUCCUCUAUUGUGAACAUACUUGGCAUAGUUGCAAGUGUUUCACAAAAUAUAAGCAAAACUUCAAUGCAAAAUGUUUUGGAAACCGUAUCAGUUUUGGUGUCACCCCAAACUCAGCAAUCGUGGGCAGGACUGAACAGUAACAACAGAUCCCAAAGCACAAGCUCUACUUUACUGGAGUCAAUAGAAAAUAUUACACACAGUCUAUCAAGCAAUUCCUUUACAAUAAGUACAGCAAACAUUGAGCUAAUCAAAACCACAUUAACAGGUCCUUUCAGUGAAGCCAUGAAUUCAUCUAAGAUAUUCAUCCCAAGUCAAGGUCUUCCCAGCAACACGAGUAUCACAACAAUCGUCUUUACGACUCUUGAGUUUGUCUUACCUACAAGGACCACUGGAAGCAGUACGAACAACUCUAUCAAUGGAGUUGUCAUGUUAGCCUAUGUAAUCGAAACCAUUAAUAAUGUUUCGCUGACAUUCGAUAUAACAAACAAAACAAAGGGAAACAACCAGUGUGUGUUUUGGAACUUCAAAGUUUUUCAAGGCAUUGGAGGCUGGGACUCAACUGGAUGUCAACUGCAAUCUGAAACGAAUGACAGUGUCACCUGUUCCUGUAACCACCUGACUUCCUUUUCGAUAUUAAUGCCACUUUUCGUACCUGAAUCCAUUGAGGUUGCUCUGAAUUACAUCACGUAUAUUGGAGUCAGCAUAUCAAUGGGAUCCCUGGUCUUAUGCCUUAUAAUUGAAGCAUUUGUGUGGAGUGUUGUCACUAAGAACAGCACGUCACACAUGCGACAUGUCGCUAUAGUGAACAUUGCUCUGUCUCUGCUGAUUGCUGACAUAUGGUUCAUCAUUGGAGCGGCUGUGUCAAAUGUAGGCCAGUCCACACCGAAGAAUUCAUGCAGUGCUGCAACCUUUUUCAUUCACUUCUUUUAUCUUGCCUUGUUCUUCUGGAUGCUGAUCUCUGCUCUCUUCCUCUUCUGCCGUACCAUGAUGGUUUUCUCCCACAUGUCAAAGCGCACUAUGAUGGCCAUUGCCUUCACAGUGGGCUACGGGGCACCACUCAUCAUUGCCAUAAUCACCAUUGCAGUCACAGCCCCUAAAAAUGGCUACUUCAGGCAAGAUGAUGUAUGUUGGUUGAACUGGUACCAGACUAAGGCCCUCCUGGCAUUUGUGAUUCCAGCCUUGACCAUAGUCGCUGUGAACCUGCUCAUUCUAAUUGUGAUUCUGGUUAAAGUACUGAUGAGGGGUGUUGGUGAGAACCGUCAGUCUGAGGAGAAGAAUGCUCUGCUGGUCAUCGCAAGGUGUGUCGCUGUUUUGACUCCCAUCUUUGGCAUCACCUGGGGACUUGGCAUAGGGACCAUGGUGGCACCUACAAAUCUUGGAAUCCAGAUUGUAUUUACACUCUUCAAUGCCUUUCAGGGCUGCUUCAUUUUAGUGUUUGGGACGCUUUUAGACAGCAGAAUUCGAUCAGCAAUCGCUGGAAAAUUUUCAUUUUUGCCUUCGCUGUCAACCGGAACAAAGAGCACAAGUGCUGGUCCAUCUUCAUCCUCUUUUGGCCUCUUUAGACGAAGGGGAAGGAGUUAUUAUAAUAUUUCUGAGGCUUCAUCAAGUCAGAGUACUGAUUUCUGAACACAUUUAUCAGUAUAUGUAUAAUUAAAUAUGUUUAUCUCAUUGUGGUAGUUAUUCAGUAAAUUUUCAUAGUGAAAUAUGGUGUCAAAAAUAUAAGCAAUUUUCUGUUUCAUAUUUUGGGCUGUGUAAUGUUAUUCA